AUGCCUAAAAAAAGAAGAAAUUAUUCAAUCAGACUAACGAUAAAUAAAAAAGUUAUCAAUGAAAUAAUUAUUGAUCCUCAUUAUGAAAAUAAUCAUUCUUAUAUGACUGAUGAAUUGAUUUGUGAAUUAGUUAAAAGUCUUGAUGAUCAAAGAAUUGUCCUCAAAAAAGGAAUUAAAAAAAGUAACUAUAACUUUCCUCCAGAAAAAGAACUAAAAAGAAUUAGAGAAAAGGAAGGAAUAGUUAACAUUGUUUUGCUAAAGAAUGCCACUUUUUUAGAGAAAGUUAAAUACGAAAUUUGCCAAGCAAUUUUGGCUUAUCAACAAGAUAAUAAUUUAACAUAUGGAAAAAUUUCUCAAAGAAUAGGUAUUUCUUCCGAAAAAACUAUUGAUAUGCUAAGGGGAAAUAUUUCUAGUUUUGCCUUAGAUAGUCUAAUAAACUAUGCUGAAAAAUUAGACAUUCCUUACCAAGUGAGGAUUAUUCCCGAAUACUUUACCCCUACUCGUAAAUCUAACGGAAAGCCUUGUAAAAGAUCAGACUUGUCUCAGCCCUCAGUCGAAACUGGACUAGAUAUGAUUCCAGUUGCCGGCAAAGUUCUCAAAAAAGGUGUAAAAGCUAUAAAAAGAGGUGUUGGAGCCUAUAAAGAUUUUCAGUCAGGAGGUGGCGUAGAUCUUGGUGAUUUGUCAAAUAGUGUUGGAGAAUUAAAAGGAAAAUUAAAUGAUUGUAACAAUAAAAUUGAGGCCCAAGGCAAAGCCCUUCAAGGUCAAAUUGAUGGGGUAAAAUCUGAACUAGAAGGAGCCUUAAAAAAACAGGGAGAGAAAUUUGAUGAAGAAAUUCAAGAAUUAGAUGCUAAAAUUGAUUCUUUGCAAGGUGAACAAAAAAGACAAGCCGAAGAGACUAAAAAAGCCUUACAAAAGCAGAAACAAGAGUUAGAAAGUCAAAUUCUAGAAGUUACAGAAAAUUUAAAUAGAGUUCAGAACCAGUUAAAAAAAGAAAUCGAUGAGUUUCGCAACGAAGUUAAUGAAAGAUUCGAGCAGCAAGAAAGGAAAAUUUUAGAAAACAAACGCCGUAUUGAAGAAGAAAGGAUUAAAAGAGAGCAAGAAAUUAAGGAAACUAGAGAUAAAAUUAAACUCACUAAUACCAACUUAGAAAACUUACGCCAGGAAAAGGAACAAAUGGCUGAUGACUUUGCUAAAUACAAAUCCACCAUCGACCAAAAAACCGCCGAAACCCAACAAACCUUUGAAGAUACUCAAGCCGAAUACCAAAGAAAAACUGCUAUUUUAGAAGAAAGGAUAAAAGAUAACGAGGAAAUUGUUGAGGAAUUUAGUGAAGAACUGAAUGAGGUUCAAAGAGAGCAAGCCCGACAGAAAUUAGAGCAGGAAGAAAUAGUGGAAGAACUCCAAGAACAGCAAGAUAUUUUACACUUCCAAAAACAUAAGUUAGAUUUCGUGGCUAACCAAAUGGAAGAAAUCUAUGAGGAAGUCCAUGAACGAAUGGACAAACUUUCGCAAAAGUUUGAUGAACGGACUAGUGAAACUUUAAAUAUUGCUAAGGAUACUAAUAAAAAAGUUGACAAAUUAACUGAAAAAGUCCAAAAUAUCCAAAAUCAAACUGAACAACUCCAAGAACAAAUCAAAAAUAACAAAUUAGAAACGGAAAAAGCCAAAGAAGAAGCCAAAUUGGCUAAUGAACGAAUAGACAAUUUAAUUAAAUCCCAACAAUUAAGUGAUUAUUCUGCCCAAGAGUCCAAACUAGAUAAAAUCCAAAAAUCCUUAGAACUCAAAGCCGAAGAAACCAAACUUUUAGCCACUUUAAACCUUCUCACUGAAACUAAGAAAUUAGUCCGAGUAGAAUUAAGAGAUAAUGAAACAGCUCCUCUUACUGAUGAAAACAAGAGAAAGGAAAAACAGGCUCAACCUAACGAACAAGAAAGCAAAACUGCCGGGGAAGAAUCUGCCCAAGCUGAGGAAGCCAUUGAGAAAAUAGAAGAACUAAAAGCUGAAACCUUAGAAAGAUUAGCCGCUAUUCAGCAAGAAGUUAGAACCGGUUUAGAAGAAAUAGAAAACACCCAAAAUACUUCUGCUAAACCUGCCCAAACCAAAAUCCAAACUAUUCAAGAAGAAAUUAAGAAAAAGCAAAAAACUUUAUCACAAAAACAGCAAAAAGUUACUAAUUUAACUAAAAAAUCUCACUCUGCCAAAAAUCAAAAGCAACUGGAACAAGCCCGAAAGGAACAAGAGAAAGCCCAACAAGAAUUAGAGCAAACCCAGUCUCAAUUAUCCGACCCUUCUUUACAAUUUGAACAGGAAUUAGAAAAGCACGAAGAAAGCAUCGCCGAACAACAACAAGAAGAACAAGCCCUUCAAGAACAACCUGAAAAAGAGGAAGAGGAAAAAGAACAAACCGAACAUGAUGUCAAUAAAAAAUUAGAAGAAUUAACUCAGCAAAUUAAGGAAAUGGAAGCUAGCCAAGCUGCUUCACAAAAGCAGAUGACUAGAUGA